GCGGAAUACUCGCGUGAAACUAUCCCGCUCACCUAAUACUCUUCAAUUAACCCAUCACCCUGCCGCAGCUUCAAACUUGAAGGCUUUCAAAGCAUCUCUCUCAUUUCCAGUUGCAGAGAGAGUGAAAAGCAAGUCAAUAAAACCAUGGCGAUGCUCUCUACAUCCCUCUCUGGCCCCAAAUCCGCCACCUCAUAUUCAGCUCCUCAUUUCUCCGGUCUCCGCCGAUUGUGCUCUAAGCUUGACAGCAGCACCUCUCUCUCUUUUCUCCCGCAUUUCAAUUCUCAACUCCGCUUUUCUUCUCCUCGCAAACUUUCCAGGAACGUCGUUGCCAUGGCUGGCACUGGAACGUUCUUUGUUGGUGGGAAUUGGAAGUGUAAUGGGACAAAAGAAUCUAUCACUAAGCUCGUUUCUGACUUAAAUGAUGCAAAAUUGGAGGCUGAUGUUGAUGUUGUAGUAGCACCUCCCUUUCUUUACAUUGAUCAGGUGAAGGGUACAUUAACAGAUAGAAUUGAGAUAUCUGCUCAAAACUCCUGGGUUGAUAAAGGUGGGGCAUUCACAGGCGAAAUCAGUGUGGAACAACUGAAAGAUAUUGGCUGCAAGUGGGUUAUUCUUGGGCAUUCUGAGCGCAGGCAUAUAAUUGGUGAAAUCAAUGAGUUUAUAGGAAAAAAGGCUGCUUAUGCCUUGCGCCAGGGUCUUGGGGUGAUAGCUUGUAUUGGUGAACUUUUAGAAGAAAGAGAGGCAGGAAAAACCUUUGAUGUUUGCUUUGAGCAAUUGAAGGCAUUUGCGGAUGCUGUGCCAAGUUGGGAUAACAUAGUUAUUGCAUAUGAGCCUGUAUGGGCUAUUGGGACUGGAAAGGUGGCCACACCUUUGCAAGCUCAGGAAGUGCAUACAGCUGUCCGUGAUUGGCUUAAAAAGAAUGUCUCAGAAGAAGUUGCUUCCAAAACUCGAAUUAUUUAUGGAGGAUCUGUAAAUGGAGGCAAUUGUGCUGAACUUGCAAAGCAAGAGGAUAUCGAUGGUUUUCUUGUUGGUGGUGCGUCCUUAAAGGGCCCUGAAUUUGCAACAAUUAUCAAUUCUGUAACAUCCAAGAAAGUAGCUGCUUGAUUAUGCAUACUGGUUUGGCAGCUAAAACAAAUAAAAGAGCAGAUAGAGAAUACUUCAGUUUGAAGUGUACCGUAAUCAACAUAUGAGCUAGUCUCAUUAGAUGGAAUUUUGAUUGUUAUUCCUUUUUUUCAGAAAAAAUAAAAAGAAAAGAAAAAAACCUUUCCAGAAAGAAAGAAAGAAAUAAUCCUUUCACAUGUAUGUGUAUUUGUAAAAUGGAACUAUUACUAUAAUGCCAUAGUCUCAGUGAAGCGCUGUCUUUUUGUGACAACUUCAGAUUAGCA